GCAUCUAAGAUUAAGAAUUAAAAACAUCAUCCAAAAAUGAAUCACAUGAGUAUAUGUGUUAUUUGCAGCAUCUACCGUACCUUAUCUCCCGUUGAUUCUGUCCACUGUCUGUUGUUCGCAGUGAUACAUCAAACCUUUCUUUUACAUUCACUACCGAGAUGAACACUGUCUCCUCAAUUCAACCACCUCACCAUUUCCAUUGCACAACAUUCUUCUCUUACACUACCACAAGGACUCAACUUUCUUUUCCUGCAAAGGUCUUCUUUUGCCAGGCAAAAUCUGGCAUAGAUGGAUCAUUGAAUUUAAAAGUGGUGUCUCCCACUCUGUUAGCAGCAGAAAGGGAAGAAGCCAAGGCUGUAUUGACCUUGUUUUUGAAGAAACAUGGUUUGAGCAAUGCGGUUGCUGCUAGAACCAUCAAUAAAUCAGAUCUUUUUAUUGAUCACCUUGUCUCAAAGCUUCAUUCUAAACACAAAUCUUGGUAUCUUGCAGGGAGGGAGCUUACAACUCUGGAGAUCAGGAACGCCCUUAUCCCGUAUCUUGAAUCUCUUUUUGAAGAGCAUGGAGACUUUCUAGUGGAUGUUGUGGAAAACUAUCCAAAUCCACCUAUUAAGGAUAAAUCAGAUGUACCAAUUCCUCCUUCUAGUCCAGUGUUAGACUCUAAGAAGCUAAAAGCGGUGUCUCGGGUGAGUGAGAUAGACCUGGACAGUGGCAAUCUUCGCCCUCAUAUUGUCUAUCUCAUGGAACUUGGUAUGGAUAUUGAGCAGAUUAGGAGUAUCACGCGACGAUUCCCAUCUUUUGCAUACUAUAGCUUGGAGGGUAAAGUUAAGCCAGUGGUUGAGUUUUUUCUUGAACUUGGAGUGCCAAUAGAGAACAUUCCCACUAUCCUCACUAAAAGGCCUCAAUUAUGUGGAAUCAGUCUAUCUGAGAAUCUUAAACCCACCAUGAAGUUCUUAGAAUCUUUGGGCGUUGACAAGAAGCAAUGGCCGAAGGUGAUCUAUCGUUUCCCCGCCCUACUAACUUAUAGCAGGCAGAAAGUGAUGGAAAGCAUAGAUUUUCUCCAUGAAUUGGGCCUCUCAGAAGAGAGUAUAGGUAAGAUUUUAACUCGCUGCCCCAAUAUUGUGAGUUACAGUGUAGAGGACAAUCUUCGACCAACAGCUAACUACUUCCGUUCUUUGGGGGUUGAUGUUGGCAUUCUUCUAUUCAGAUGCCCACAGAAUUUUGGUCUUAGCAUUGAGACCAACCUAAAGCCUGUAACAGAGUUCUUCUUGGAGAGGGGAUACACUUUGGAAGAAAUUGGGACCAUGAUUUCAAGAUAUGGAGCCUUGUACACUUUCAGCUUGACGGAAAAUUUGAUUCCAAAAUGGGAUUUCUUUUUGACCACAGGUUACCCAAAAUCUGAGCUGGUUAAGUUCCCUCAGUAUUUUGGAUACAGUUUAGAGGAAAGGAUUAAACCUAGGUUUGCAAUUGUGAAAAAAUCUGGAGUAAAGUUACUUUUGAACCAGGUUCUUUCACUGUCAAGCAGCAACUUUGACGAGGCCUUGAAAAAGAAAAUGAAGAAAAUGCAACAUGGUUAGGAUUCUAGUUAGUUAGGGAUUCAAUAGCACGAUGACUGAGAAUUUAUGUGAAGUGAAAAGUUGCAGCUAACAUGGUCAAUCAAUAGCUAGCUCUGAAACCAAAAUGCAGCUCAUGCCCAUGAACUUAAGCAUUAAGAUAUAUUGGAGUGAUUUUGAGCAUGGUAGCUCCUGAAACAAAAUAUUUUCACCGGGUAUUUUUGACAUGAAAGACCCUGGUUAGCUCUACUUGCUGCUUUAUAAUGUAUAUGUGAUUGUUUUUAUCUCCAUACAUUAAUAGGAGUGCUUGCUGUGUAUAUCUUAGUAAAAUAGGUGAUUAGGACAUGGAUGAGGUGAGAUUAAGCCAAAAUUUGCCAAUUAUUGAUUUAACCAAGGUGAUAACUCUAUUUAAAUCAUCACAUUCUGAUCUGGAAA